CGGACUACGCUGGCUCCGCCCGGAGCCGUCACUCUGGUCUGCAAUGGCGGACUCAGUUUCACGUGUGGGUGUGUUGGGGUUGCUACUUUUGUCUGCACUGACCGGGGUCCUCGGAGACCGCCCCAGCCCCGACAUCCGGGCACACCCAGGAGACACCCUCCAGGUUGGCCGUGGGGCCGCGGAACCCCGGCGACGGCCGCCGCCCAAGGACCAGCGCGAGCGGGCCCGGGCCGGGGCUCUGCCUUUGGGGGCGCUGUACACCGCAGCUGUCGUGGCUUUUGUGCUGUACAAGUGUUUGCAGUUUAGCCCUCUCCUUCUUCUACAGCAGGGGAAAGAGGACACUGCUGUUCUCCAAGAGGAGGCAGGCAAGAAAGAAUCACUGCAGUCAGAGCAACAGUUGGCCCAGUUGACACAACAGCUGGCCCAGACAGAGCAACACCUGAACAAUCUGAUGGCUCAGCUGGACCCCCUUUUUGAACGUGUGACUACCCUGGCUGGAGCCCAGCAGGAGCUUCUGAACAUGAAGCUUCAGACCAUCCACCAGCUGCUACAAGAGAGCAAGCCAAACCAGGGUGUGGAAGUUUCAGAACCAGAGGCCGGCGUACCCUUUCGUGAGGACUUAUGUAUAGAGAAGGAGGAAGAGGAGAUGGUGGAGGAGGCUGGUGACAGUCAGGCCUGGGAGGAGCCCGUGAACUGGAGCACAGAGACAAGGAACCUAGCUACUCCCUGGGAAGUGGAGCAGGGGCUACGGAGAAGAUGCGGCAAAGCUGUGGGAGGGGCCGCCGUCCCAGCCCGUGCCUGGGAGGAGGAGCGACAGCUGAAGGUUUAGUAAAACAAAGUCCGUUCUUGUGACUGGA